UCCUUCUCAGACUGUUUAAAUCCCAGUCAGUCAGUGAGACAAUAGACAGGACAACUGGCGUGGUGGUGUCCAACCCUUCACCAUAACACAGAGUGGCUCAACCCUGCAGCCCAGCCAUGAGCAGCACCAAACAACUCAACAACAGGAGCGGAGACAAUGCAUCCAAGAAGAGGUGCCCCUUGGCCACGGGGCUGGAGGGCAUUGCCCCCCUUGUGCGCACUGUUGAAGAGAUCCCUGAGCCCAUCACCACGGUGAUCAAGGGGAACAUCCCAUCCUGGAUCAAUGGAAGCUUCCUGCGGAAUGGGCCCGGAAAGUUUGAGUUCGGCAAAGACAACUUCAACCACUGGUUUGAUGGAAUGGCCUUGAUGCACCGCUUCUACAUCCAUGACGGUGAGGUGACCUACAGCAGCCGCUUCCUGCGCAGCGACUCCUACGUGCGUAAUUCUGAGAAAGAUCGCAUUGUGGUGUGUGAGUUUGGAACCAUGGCCAUGCCUGACCCCUGCAAGAACUUCUUUGCUCGAUUCUUAUCCCGCUUCAAGAUUCCCAAGGCCACAGACAAUGCCAGUGUGAACUUUGUGAAGUACAAGGGAGACUAUUAUGUAAGCACAGAGACCAACUACAUGCGGCGGGUGGAUCCACAGAGCCUGGAGACCAAGGAGAAGGUGGACUGGACUCAAUACAUUGCAGUAAACUCAGCCACAGCCCAUCCUCAUUAUGACCGUGAAGGGGCUUCGUACAACAUGGGCAACUCCUAUGGCAAGGGCGGCUUUUUUUACAACAUCAUCCGUGUGCCUCCGCCUGAGAAGGUAGAGGGGGAGGACAAGGCUGAUUUCAGUGGAGCUCAGGUCCUCUGCUCCAUCCCAGCCUCUGACUACAAGAAACCAUCCUACUACCACAGCUUCGCCAUGUCAGAGAACUAUGUGGUGUUCAUAGAGCAGCCCAUCAAGCUGGACCUGUUCAAGUUUAUGCUGUUCAGGAUCCAGGGCAAGAGCUUUCACAAGGUCAUGACCUGGGAGCCACAGUGCGACACCAUCUUCCACGUGGUGGACAGACACACAGGCGAGAAAAGCAAGGUAAAGUACCGCGCCCCGCCCAUGUUCACCCUUCACCAGAUCAACGCCUACGAGGACAAAGGGUUCCUUGUCAUGGACAUGUGCUGCGGGGACGAUGGGGACGUCAUUGGAGAUUUCACACUAGAGAAUCUUCGCAGGGCUCCAGGGGAGGAGAUGGACAAGUUUUAUAACUCCAUGUGCAGAAACCUUCCACGAAGAUACGUCCUACCCCUGACGGUGACUGAUGACACACCCAGCGACCAAAACCUUGUCACUCUGCCUUUCUGUCAAGCAACUGCGGUCAAGACUGGGUGUGGAGAGGUGCUCUGUACACAUGAGGAGCUCUAUGAUGAAGAGUUGUUCCAGUACGGUGGCCUGGAGUUCCCACAGAUCAACUAUGCCCAUUACAACGCGCGUCCAUAUCGCUACUACUAUGCAUGCGGCUUCGGACACGUGUUCAGCGACUCUCUGCUGAAGAUGGAUCUGGAGACCAAGAAACUUAAGGCGUGGCGUCACCCUGGUCUGUUCCCAUCUGAGCCUGUGUUUGUUCCUGCACCCAAUGCAACAGAGGAGGACGAUGGUGUGGUCAUGUCUAUCAUCAUCACACCCAGAACUGAGAAAAGCACGUUCCUGCUGGUUCUGGAUGCCAAGACCUUCACGGAGCUGGGCCGGGCAGAGGUUCCAGUCAACAUUCCAUAUGGAACUCAUGGAGUGUUCAAUGAGAUGCGCUGAAAAUGCCAACGUCACAACCCCUUCAGCAUUCUGCUUAUGAAAUUACUCCAUCCAUUGAUGUCUUUUCUGAUGCUGUUAAGAUAACAUCUCUCACUACUGCAGUGCUCUUGGACCCUUUUCGGUAUAGCCAGAGGAGGAAGGCCAUCUCCUCUGAGUCUGGUUCCUCUUGAGGCUAAGACUCUCGAGGUUUGUUCCUUCUAGGGAGUUUUCCCUUGCCACUGUACUUCUGCUGCUUGCUAUUUGGAGUCUAGGCUGGGGUAUAAUAAUAAUAAUAAUAAUAAUAAUAAUAAUAAUAAUAAUAAUAAUAAUAAUAAUAAUAAUAAAGUAAUACAUAGGAUUUUUAUAGCGCUAUUACGUUUUUUUUACCAACUGCUAAUGUAAAAAGGGCUUUAUAAAUAUAUCAAAUUGAUUUAUUGAUUUCACAGAACUGAGCAGCACCAGUUCCUUAGAUCCUGUUAAAAUGUAGACAAAUCUAUCUAUGUCAUAUCAUCAUCAAAAGGUACCGUGCUCUGUAAAUUAAAUUAUGUUGGUGACUGA